AUGAUUUACAGUAUUAAUCGUUUCCAUAUAUUUGUCCUAAUUACCUGGCAAUUUAGCAUAUUUUUUGCAUCACAAAUGAUUUAUCCAAUCUUUCUAAAUUAUAUCCCACAAUGGCGUUGCUCUACAAAUCAAUCAUUCUCCAACAAUUGUACCAUUUUUCAAUCAUGCAAAAAUAGUAUUGAAUUCGAUGAGAUAGCAUUUUUCUCGGCAGCUCUCGAAUAUGGUUGGAUUUGUGGUCCAUCAGCAUAUUUGCCAUCAUUACUUAGUCAGAUACAAUUUCUUGGUGUCCUAUUAGGUGCGAUAACUGCGGGAACAUUAUCGGAUAUUUUUGGACGUCAUUCAUUAGCUUUAAUUUCACUCGCUUGUGGUAUUAUUGUUUCAUUUUGUUCAGGAUUAGUACCAAGCUGGAAAAUUUUGUUAAUAUUACGAUUUUUCAUUGGUAUUUCAAUUGGUGGUACCAUUGUGGUAGUUUGUACAUAUGUAAUGGAAAUGCUUUUACCACAACAACGUAUGGCACUUAGAGCUUUUUUUAAUUGGGGUAUUGCUCGAUUGAUGAUGACGAUAAUAUGCUAUUUGAUACCGGAAUGGCGGUUAGCAUCAUUCGGAAAUGCUAUAGUUGCUUUACCGGCUCUUCUUAUUGUCUUCUUCAUUUUUCCCGAAAGUCCAGCAUGGCUUCAUAGCAAAAAUCGUUUGGUUGAAAUGCGUGAAAGUGAGAAAAAGAUUGCACGUAUCGCUGGUAUACCAUACGUUGAAGUGGAACAUAAAAUGGUUGAAAAAAAUAAACGUUUAAUUGAUAUCAUCCGACAAUCAAACUACGCCAGACG